ACUGCGCCUGCGCGGGGCCUAGCAGCAGGAGGUGGAGCCUGCAGCUGGAUUUGCAAAGUCACAUUGACAGACACAGCGUGGGAUGCUCGCUGCCUGUUUGCUCGGGGGGCUCCGGAGGAUCCUCGGGACACCCCUGGCCCCCGCCGCGGGAUGGGUCAGUCCCGAGGGGGCGCGCGGGGCCGGCAGCGCGUGGCGCCUCAGCCUGGGCCAAGCCCGCAGUGGGACUGAGUACGGGCCGGUGACGGAUCUGCCCGACUGGUCCUUUGCAGAUGGGAGACCCUCUCCACCAUUAAAGGGACAGAUUCGAAGGCAGCAGCAGGCAGAGGCGAUGGCGAGACGGAUAGUGAUGUUGACCAAUGAGCUGGACAGGGGGAUGGAGCGAUGGCAGGCACAGCAGGCUGCCCUCUGCAGGCAGAGAGAGGAACGUCAGCUCAACCAACCCCGACUGAAAGGUGCCAAGCAGAGAGCGAGAGCCAGGGCCCCAGGGGGCAGUGGGCACAACUUCGGCAAAAUAAAAUGAACCUGGUGAUGCA